UGGAAGUUGAAUGCAUUGUUGCGAAAUUAGUAGUUGUGAUUUAAUAGAAAUUCUCUAUCCGAAAUAGCUUUUAGAGCUUUUUAAAGCAAUAUUUUAUUUUUCGAUCUUUUAUAUUUCUUAUGAGAUCUUAGCGCUUGUUAGAAGUAUGUUAAACACUUGGAAAGAAACACGAAAGGAAACUGAGACCCCUACCCAACUGAUGUGCCGGUAUGGGACAACUGCUGUUCUUACAGUUUUAGAAACCAAUAUUUUUCCUUAUUUUUCUUGUCAAGAUGUUGUGGAAAUAACAGGGGCCCAAUCUACUGGGAAAUCAGAGUUAUUACAUCACUUUUUGGCUCGCUGUAUUUUGCCAUUUCAGUUUCAGUCACAUGAAAUUGGGGGCUUAGAUACUCCUGUCUUCUUCAUAUCUAAUGAAAGUAUGUUUGAUGCUGAGAGAUUAGUUAACAUAAUUGUAGAAAGGCUUGAUUUUUUGCAUACAAGUGAAGGCUUAUCUAAAGCUGAGCUCAGAGAUUUCGCUAUAAGCAGGUUAAAGCAUCAGUUUUGUUUUCAUUGCACCAGUAGUCAAGAGUUUGUAAGCGCUCUUAAAGUGUUAUGUUGCCAUAUUGCUGAGACAGAGAAGCGAUACAUGAUCAUGGUAGAUGAUAUAGCUGCAUUUCAUUUGUCAGAUAAGAAACGUAUUAAAAAGCAAGCAGCUUUUAUGUCACAUCUCCAAGAGGUAUCCAAAUCAUUUGAAGAGCUCUCACGUAAAUAUCGAUGUCCUAUCAUCGUUACUAGACGCCGACUUUAUAAGAAUCGUUCGGUUGAUAGAAUGGCUCAUGGGAUGAGCUGGCGAUUAUUAGUUACUUGGGAGCUUGAAUUGAGCAAGAAGUAUGUAAAUGAUGAAGGAACUUUUGUUGUUUUGUCAAACCUUGAAAGAAAAACCAAAAAGCUAUGCUGUAUUAAAGACAAUGGAUUCAACUUCUUAACAGACAUUAAUGGCUGAUUUCUGUUACGAAAAUUUUAUUCAAGAAGCGUAAAGCUUUCAAUUCAUUUGCAUAUAAUCAUUCAAAAGAUUCAUAUUUUAUCUAUGUUUAAGAAAAUGAGUGGCCGUGUAU